AUGAAGCAAAGUGCUGGAUAUGAUUUGAAGAACCUAAGGGCCGAACUGUACUCUGCUGCAGAACACUUUGAACUCUCUUACACCAAUGACAAUCACAAACAAACGGUGGUGGACACCUUGAAGGAUUUUGCUGUUAGAGCCCUUGUUAACACAGUAGACCACUUGGGUUCAGUAAGCUACAUGGUCAACGGCCUCCUCAACGAAAAGGUCGAAGAGGUUUCAGAAACAGAGUUCCGACUUGGAUGCAUGGAGCAGAGGGUGCGGAUGUGUCAAGAAUAUAUGGAAGGCCUUCGUGAGCAGUCUAUCACCAUUACAGCUCCCAAAUACCACAAACGAUACAUGCUAAAAGGAAAUCUAAGUAACUCUGGAGGUGGAGCUAAAGUCGCUAAACCCUACAAGAAUUUGACAGAGAGCUUGACAAUCAUGACAGGCAAAUUGUUCAUGCCGGUAUAUAAUUUUUCAUUCAUAUGCAUCCAAGAGCUUUUGUGGAAUUCUUGGAACAAUACUUGAGCACAGCGGAAGUUC